AAGAUUUGAAUUCGAACUGAAUUUCAGACUUCGAAGCAACCUAAAUGAAAAAGUGAACCAUAGCUCACUGAAAACACUAACCACGGUGCACCCAUAGGUCUCAACUCUCAACAUCUCUCUCCACCUUUUCGCCCAAAAAUCAAAUUGAAUGAAUGAACCAGAGAGAGUCCAAUAAUUGCUCUUUUCGUCUCUCCGGAUCUUCCGAUUUCUCCUCUCUUUCUCUCUCUCUAAAAUUCCUUCUUUCUCUCUCUAAAACUCUCUCACAUCAAUGGCGGCCGCAUCCGCCUCUCCCUCCCCACGCGAGGAGAACGUGUACCUGGCCAAACUCGCCGAACAAGCCGAGCGCUACGACGAGAUGGUUGAGUUCAUGGAGAAGGUCGUCGCCGCCGUCGACGGUGUCGGCGACGAGCUCACCGUGGAGGAGCGCAACCUCGUCUCCGUCGCCUACAAGAACAUCAUCGGCGCUCGCCGAGCCUCCUGGCGGAUCGUAUCGUCGAUCGAGCAGAAGGAGGAGAGCCGAGGCAACGAAGACCACGUGAAGACGAUCCGAGACUACAGAUCGAAGAUCGAGUCCGAGCUCUCGUCGAUCUGUGACGGCAUUUUGAAAUUGCUCGAUUCGAAGCUCAUCGUUUCGGCUUCCAAUGGUGACUCCAAGGUUUUCUAUCUGAAGAUGAAAGGUGACUAUCAUCGGUACCUUGCUGAGUUCAAGACCGGAGCUGAACGGAAGGAGGCAGCUGAGAAUACACUCUCGGCUUAUAAAUCGGCUCAGGAUAUUGCAAAUGCAGAACUAGCUCCAACACAUCCAAUCCGUCUAGGCUUGGCUCUUAACUUCUCCGUGUUCUACUACGAGAUUUUGAAUUCGCCUGAUCGCGCUUGUAAUCUUGCAAAACAGGCUUUUGAUGAAGCGAUUGCAGAGUUGGAUACCUUAGGGGAGGAGUCCUACAAGGACAGCACAUUGAUAAUGCAGCUUCUUCGCGAUAAUCUCACUUUGUGGACUUCAGACAUGCAGGAUGACAAUGCGGAGCAGAUCAAAGAAGCACCCAAGCCUGAAGGUGAACAAUGAAGUUUGUUUAGGAUUAAUGGUUGUUAGUUAGGUUUUGUAAUAAUUUUGCUUUUUAAAAUCCAAGAGCUGCUUCUCGGGUUUACUGUUAUAGUUUUAGAAGGCAAAUCACUGUUUGUUAGUUUGUUGUGUUUGAUUGUAUUAUCUUCUCUCUUGAAGAUAUAUGUUUAUUAUUUUGUGGCAAUACUAUUUUUGCUAUGGUUAGUUUUUAUCUUGGAUUUUUUGCUA